AUGUAUCAUUUAUCAGGUCCAAUUCCAAAACUAGAUGGUGGAGGUUAUAGAACAUUUGAAGAACUAUAUGACGCUGAAACUGCUGAAGAAUUUCGUCCAUCAAAAGAAUCUCAAGAAAUGGGUAUGAUCGAGUUACAAACAAUUCCACUAGGUUCAUCUCGCUCAUACAAAAGUUCGAAAGUUCCAGGAGAGAGUAUCUAUGAUGCAGAGAUGUACCGGAUCUUGGUAAUAGUAAAUCAGCUCAGAAAGAUUCACGGGCUUGAAAUCACCGGACAGAUGCAUCCCGAAAAAGUUUGUAAAGACACGCCCCAUCGAAAUUAUAUAACAACUUUGCCCUUUGGAGUUUGGAUUAUGCAUUUUUCUCGUGAGGACGAUAUUCAUCUAAAAACCCCUAAAGGCAUGGAUCCUGAUUUGGAAAGCGAAGACAAAUCGGAUGAUUAUUUUGCAGAAAUGAUAAAAUCAAAAAAUUAA